UGGCUUGGUAGUUCUCCGGCUAGAAUCAUGCUCUUUCCCGGCAAUCAAACCGACGGGCCUAGUACUUUCUCAUCACCGGAGCAAACCAUGGAUACUCAACUAGAAAAGGUCUAUGUCGCUGUCGGUAACGAUUUGAACGAAGGGUUGGGAACUUUGGAUUGGGCACUUAGGAAAUGGUGUGGCUGCCAAACAAUCUGCUUCGUCAUUGUUCAUAUUGAUAAUAAUCCCAGAGAUUUGGUUAGCACCCCCAGUUGGGAAGCUUCCUGCAAGUUCUGUAAACGAUGAGAAGUUGGAGAUUUUUAGGAUGUGUGAGCAGGAGAAGACAGACAAACUAUUGUCCAAAUACAGGGCUUUCUGCGGCAAGGUGAAAGCGGAAGUUUUAAAAAUGGAGAAAUCAGAAGAACCAAUUCACAAAGCUAUUGUUGGAUUGAUCUCAAGCCAUCAAUUGACCAAAUUGGUUAUGGGGAUCACACUCGUAAAACAGUCAUCUUGGAAAACCAAAGGGGCCAUCAGUGGAUCAUUUUACAUACACAGACACAAACCCAGUUUCUGCGAACUGUAUAUAAUCUGCGGAGGGAAAUUGGUGUUUCUUAGGGAAGAAAACGAUGAAGAGUACAUGGAAGAUGAAAGGGGAGUAAUGGUUGCUAAGCUGAAAGAGAAAGGAGCAAGUGUGAAAGGUUGGUUUGGUAAGAUGUUCAUAGACAAUGUGGCCAACCAUGAGCCUCACGCUCAAGGGAGAGGCUAUCAUCAUCGUGGCGUGCUACCUACCUUAGCCGCCAUGGACACAGAGACAAUAAGCUCGAGUACGCGUGAUUGGUGGGAAGAUUAUGCCCCAGAAGUUGAAAGCUAUUUCCAGUGCUUGUUGCCUUCUUCGAAUUUGAUUGAAAAAGAGGGUACCACAGGGCCUAGUCCUACCGAGACAGCCAAUUUGGAACUUGAACACAUCGUUAAUGGUGAUUCUAUGGGUGCCCAGAACAGAAUCGAAGCCUUGAAAGCUAAGAUACAGGAAGUUCAAAAAUUCAUAGAAGAGAAAAGAGAACAAGCUAAGGGAUACGUGGAGAGACAAUUGCGAUCUGCAUCUGUAAUUACUUUGUGCAAUCGAAGGGCUGUAGAACUUGAAGCUCGUAUAAGUGAAGAGAUCAACAAUAAAACUGAUCUCAAGAACAAGCUUGAAGCAGCAAGAGAACACAUCUAUGAAGUGUCGAGCGAUAUCGAGGAGAGCAAGAGCAGGUUACGCUCCAUACUUGAACUCCAAUCUGAGUUAGCGACCAAACUUCAGUCUACAUCUCUGGCAAAAUCACACGUCGAAGCCCAAUUGGAGAAUGCAACAGCUGCAAGGACUGAGAUACUUCGUGAAAUGGACGAGUUGCGUCGCCAACGAGACUUACUGCAUCGGAGAAUCGUGUUCUGUAGGCAAAGGGAAGCCAUAGCUGCGGCCACCACCACAAGCUCAUCAGCAGGACCCGAUCAUCUCGAUUACGGUCAUAGGAAGUUCACGGCCGACGAGAUUAGAACGGCCACUGAUUAUUUCUCGGAGCAAUUGAGGUUGAAAAAGAGAGGUGAUCAGACGCAUUUGUAUAGAGGAAGACUCAACCAUAUGGCGAUUGCUAUCGAGGUGCUGGAUUCGCUUACUGCUCUGUCUCAAGAAGAAUUCCAAGACAAGGUGGAGCUCCUAAGCCAGUUACGUCACCCCAACCUGGUUAACAUGAUCGGCGUCUGCUCCGAACUGAAAUGCAUCGCAUACGAAUACAUGCAUAAUGGUAGCUUGCAGGAUCUCCUCUUCUCCACUCAGAGAAACCCUAAAAGUAAUCUUAACUAUAAGAGGAACCCUAAUCGUCUUCGGUGGCACUUGCGCAUUCGAAUUGCGGCAGAGGUUUGUUUGGGCUUAGGCUUUUUACACUUGGCCCAACCCAGGCCCAUCUUCCAUGGUGAACUGAACCUCGCCAACGUUCUCCUCGAUCGCGACCUCGUAGCUAAGAUCACUACGUCCAAGCUAUCUCAUUGCUCAGACCAGUCACAGCUACGAUCGGAUAUAUGUGGUUUUGGAGUUGUGAUGCUGCAACUUCUGACCGGUAGAGAAGGGGAUGGGCUGGUGGAGGAAGUAAGAAGUGCCAUGGAAGGUGGGGUCCUAAAUGAGAUUUUGGAUGCGGUGGCUGGAGAAUGGCCGUUGGAUUUGGCGAUGGAAUUGGCGAGGAUAGCAAUGAGGUGUGUGUGUAUAAAUGAGAGCAUGGAGUUGACGACAACUACGGUGAUGAAAGAAGUGGAAGAGGUAAGGAGAAAGGCAGUAGAGCUUAGGGAGAAGGAAGGAUCUGAGAUAGUGGUGGAAGGAAGUGGCAAUAGGAACCAGGGUGACAUUCCUUACAUUUUCCUCUGCCCUAUUUUGCAGGAGGUGAUGAUUAACCCACAUGUAGCCGCAGAUGGGUUCUCAUACGAGUUAGGAGCUAUAGCAGAAUGGUUGGGGACAGGGCAUGAGACAUCACCAAUGACCAACUUAAGGCUUGAUCACAAGCUACUCACCCCUAACCACACCCUCCGUUCUCUCAUUCAAGAGUGGCUUAACAAUUAAUCAUCCUUUUCUUCCUCCUAAUCUUUUAUUUUUGGCUCCCAUUGUUCUUGUGGUUGUAUUCGUUUAUUUGUUGUGUCCUUACCUUCCCUUCCCUUCUUCCUCGUAUAUGGUUGGGUUCUAGUGCAUGCGAUCUGACCUGGAGUGCUUUUAUGCCAUGGAGAGGGAAGUUUGUACGUAUUUAUAAAGGAAAAUAAAAG